AUGAGGCCGCCGUCAGCUCCUCCGGCACCACCGCCAGCCACCGGUGUUCCUUUAAAUCAGCCUCGUGCCGCUUCGAGUUUGAACCUUCACGCUCCUGUUCCGUGGUCGACUGGCCUCUGUGAUUGUUGCCACAACUUUAGCAUUUGUUGCCUAACAUGUUUUUGUCCGUGCGUGGCAUUCGGCCGGAUUGCAGAAAUUGUGGACAGAGGGUCAACAUCGUGUGGAGUGAGUGGGGCAUUAUACUCGAUGAUAUUUUGCAUGAGUGGAUGCUCUUGCUUAUACUCGUGUUUCUAUCGAUCAAAAUUGAGGGGCCAAUAUUUUCUGGAAGAGCAGCCUUGCACGGAUUGUUGUGUGCAUUUGUGUUGUGAAACAUGUUCAUUAUGCCAAGAGUAUCGCGAACUCGAAAAUCGAGGACUUGAUUUAUCUAUCGGAUGGCAUGCAAAUUUGGAGAGGCAAAAACGAAAGGCUGCUGCUGAUAUCGCUCCACCAAUUCAACAAGGCAUGAAGCUUUAG